AAAAAAAUUUUUCUUUAUUCUGAGACAUUCAUAGAAUACGUGACACUCGAUGCAUGCGCUCGUAAUAUUUUUGGUGUUCAAUUUUUCAUUUUUAUUUUUAUUUUGUUACAUUCGAAUCAAAAUGUUUAUUGAAAAAUUCCAUAUUUUAUCGUUGAUUUAUAUUGUGAUUCAUAUAAAUGGAAUUGUUACCACCGAAUUAUCACCAAAUCUUGAUUUGACAAAAAUUCGUUAUCUAUUCCAGAAUGAAACCAAUCUAUUAUCAUCAAAUCCAAAAUGUAAAGAAGAAUUACCAGCAUUAUGUGGUCAUGAUGAAAAGAUCCUCAAUAAUAAUGUUGAAAUAAUGAAUUGUAUUUUCGAACGUUCGGAUGCUGAACAAAAAUUAUCCGAAUCAUGUCAACAUGAAAUAUGGUCAUUCAAGAUGGCCGUAACCAAAUUAGAUCAUUUCACCGAUAUAACAAAAACUGUAUGUAAAUCUUUGCUAAAACAAAAUCACGAUUGUCUGGAAGCAGCGAAUGAAGAUGCACUAAGUCCUGGUGCUAAUAUUUUGUCCUGUUUAAUCGAUCGAAUUCAACCGGAAACAGAAGAUCAAUGUAAACUAUAUCUACAGCAAAUGGAAUUGAUUAUAUUCAGUGAUUAUCGUUUGAUCAAUAAAUUUACAAAAGCCUGUGAAGAUAAAAUACAUGAUUUGAAAUGUGGUCGAUUGGAUUGGGAUUCCAGUACUCAUAGCCAGACAAAUACGAUACAAUGUCUGCAAAAACAUAUUGAUCAAUUGCCUGAAAAAUGUCAGAAUGAAAUCCUAAGAAUAUCCGAACUUCAGAGUAAUGAUUUUCAUCUGGAUAAACCAUUGUAUUUUGCCUGUCGUGAAGAUCGUGAACGAUUUUGCAAAACAAUCGAAUCAGGUAAUGGUCGUGUUUACAAAUGUCUAAUGGCUAAUGUUGAUGAACCAGAUCUGAGUGAAGAAUGUAAAGAUAAACUCAUUCAACGUGAACAAUUGAUUGCUCGUGAUUAUAAAGUUAGUAAAAGUUUAGUUCAAGCCUGUCGUCAUGACAUUCGAAUUCAUCAAUGUCGAGACAAUGUCAAAGGUCGUAAAGAAGUUCGUUUGUCACAAAUUUUACUGUGUUUAGAAAAUGUCCAUUCAAAAGGCUUGCCUUUAUUGGCCGAAUGUCAGGCCGAAAUGUUAUUGCAUAGAAGAUUUUUAUUUGAAAAUUAUAAACUAACACCAGAUCUAGUUGAAGCAUGUCAAAAUGAUAUACAAGAAUUCUGUUCAAAUGUAGAAUUUGGAGCAAAAAUUCUUCAUUGUUUGAUGAAAUAUGCAAAAGCUAAACGACGUCGAGGUGAUGCUCAUGUUCGAAGGAAAAUAUCUUCAAAUUGUCAACGUGAAGUUGAACAAUUAUUGAAAGAAGUUAACAUUGCCGAAGACUGGCGUGUUGAUCCAGUGCUUCAAGAAACAUGUCAAUCUACUGUCGAUAAUUUAUGUAAACAUAUUCGACCUGGAAACGGCAGAAUACUGAGCUGUUUAGCCGAACACAUUGAUUCACCAGAAAUGGCUGAAGAAUGUCGUGAAUCAUUGAAUCAGAUGCAAUAUUUUGUGGUUCGUAAUUUUGAACUGGAUUCAGAAAUUUAUGAAGCAUGCCAUACGGAUGCAGUAAAAUAUUGUCAUGCUCAUCAAAAUUGGCAUGAAGAUGUGAGUGGAAUGGAUCCUGAACGUGGACCUACCGUAAUGGCCUGUUUAUAUCGUUAUGUUUAUCAGAUGGACACUACCAACAAAGACAAUCAACCAAUACAACUUCGAAAACAAUGUGUUCAUCAUAUUAAACGUGUAAUGAAACAACGAGCAUCAUCGGUCGAAUUAUUGCCAUUCAUUGAAGUACCUUGUAUGCAAGAUUUAGCCAAAUAUUGUAGUUCAGUACAAGUUUUUGGUAAAGGCUAUGAAAUGUCAUGUUUACAGGAAAACUAUCAACAACUUGAAUCACAUUGUCGUAAUGCAAUCGGUAAUUUUACAAUAGCUCAAAGUUCAAAUUUCGAACUUAAUUAUCCACUAUUCAAAUCUUGUCUGAGUAUUGUGAAACAAUUUUGUUCUUCGGAAUAUGAAAAUGAAAAUAAUAAUUUCGUUAAUGAUGAUGACCAUCAUCUUUCUGUCAUGCAUUCGACGUCAAAUCAAAAUGAAGUGAUUCAAUGUUUGAUUCAACAUAAAAAUCAUCAUCAAGUUAAAUCCAAUCAACAAUGUCGUAUGGCCAUCGAACAUUUUCAAUUGAUCAACAGUAAAGAUUUUCGAUUUGAUCCAAAAUUCAAACAAGCAUGUAAAAAUGAUAUUGAAAAUAAUUGUAAUAAUUUACGAACAAAAUACGAUAUAAUCAAUUGUCUUAGUUGGUUGGUAUAUAAUGAUUCUAAUAAUAACGAUGGUCAAGUUGACGAUAGUAAACGAGUAUCGAAUCAAUGUCGACAGAUGUUACGUGAAGAAUUAUUGCAACUGAAUGAAGAUAUUGGCCUUGAUCCUGGUUUGAUGGAUGCUUGUCGCCAUGAUCGUGAAGAAUUUUGUGCACACAUUGAAGCCGGUGAAUCUCAUGUAUUGGAAUGUCUGAAAUCGAAUAUUAUUCGAUUGAAACGUGCUUGUCAACGUCGUCUUUUCCGUAAACAAUAUAUCGAACAGGUCGAUAAUUCAGUUGAUUAUUCAUUGCUUUCAAUGUGUAAAAUUGCUAUUGAUAAAUAUUGCAUCUUAUCGGAUCUACAUGAUGUCCUUUAUUGUCUUCGUGAUCAUCGUAACGAUCCGGGCAUUGGUCAUAAUUGUCGUUCAUUAGUUUUAAAACGUUUAGCACAACAAAAUCGAGAUUAUCGAUUGAAUCCAAGACUGAAAUCAAGUUGUAAAAUGGAAAUCAACAAAUAUUGUUCCACUAUUAUAAUGAAAAGCAAACCAGAUGAAUUGUUGGAUGGAAAAGUGAUCGCCUGUUUGAAACAACAAUAUCUUCAUAAUACUUUGUCACAGAGUUGUGAAAUUGAAAUCAUCAACAUUAUACGCGAAGUAUCGAUGAAUAUUGAAUUGGAUCCUCUUCUUUAUCGAACUUGUCAACGUGAAAUUCAUCGAAAAUGUGCCGAUGAAUCGGACAUUCAUGAAUGUUUGAAGAAUCGAUUUUUGGCCAAACAAAUUGAAGAUAUGGCAUGCAAACAUGAGAUUGCUCGACUAAUCAAAGAAACUGAAGCGGACAUUGAAUCGGAUCCGCAUUUAUUUCAGGUUUGUUUGGCCGAUUUAAAAACAUUUUGUUCGGAUGUGAUACCUGGCCGUGGCCAUCAGUUGAAUUGUUUGGCCAUCAUUCAUCGUAAUUCACCACAUCGUCUUAGUCCUGAAUGUGAUACAUUAUUACAGAAACGAAUACAAUUAUUCGAAUAUGCUAGUGAAGAAUAUCCUAUUGCUGAUUCAGUUGUACAAGUGUUCCAUAUGGUGGCAUCAUCGCCCAUACAUAAUUAUCUUUAUUUAUUUCUAUUAACAAUCAUUCUUUUCAUAUUUUUAUUCGGAUUAUUCUGUGGCCGAAUCUAUCAGGCCGUACCUACUAGUGAUAAAAUCAAAUAAUAAUAAUAGUUUUCCAUUACA